CCCCUGUUCCGUUUACCGGUAUGAACGAGUUCUACACAUGCGGCUGCGAAGCUCUAAGUCAAACGGAGACGUUUCUGGAUUUGUAGUUAUUUCACAUCCAAUCGGUUAUUCUUAGACGUGAUAGUUUUUAUUUUCUAAACGCAAGGCGUCGUUUUUGGAAGGGGCUCUAUUUCCAUAUCAGUUUAAUUUGUUCAUUAUCCCGCGCGCGCUAUCGUAACUAUACAGUCUGUGCGCGCGCUAUUUACCUUACCGGAUAGAAAUCACUCUUCUUCACAGGACUGACAACCGUGUGGAUGUACCCCUGCUCAUCUGCAGUUACAGUUGCACAAUGGCAGUCUAUUCAAUCAGUUUGAUGCCUCGGCACCAAAGGAACAGCAACAAAUCUAGUAUAAUUACAGGAUAGCAAUACGGCCACACUUUACCUCUUGUUUUCUGGUCAGUUAGACGCAUUAAAAAGUUUGCACUGUUAAUUAAGGAACCCUGUUUACAAAUCGGCAGUUCUGAAGAAGUUAAUUAUUUAUUUAACCAUUUACCUCUUAAUUUUAUAAGCUGCCGUUUAGAAAUUGCAUUAUAUAAAUAGCUAUUUGGACAAGCAUUCAUUAGCUUUUAAGAUUGUGAAGAAAUUUCUCUAUAGCCUAAUUAUGGUUUCAACUACUGCCACUGCAAUAAUACUGGCCAGCACAGUGGGGCUGGUGACCCACACUGCUCUGACAGAGUACACGUGGUUGCUGAUUGUCGGCUUCGUCAUCGCCUUCAUUUUAGCCUUUUCUGUGGGUGCCAAUGAUGUUGCCAACUCAUUUGGCACAGCUGUUGGUUCUGGAGUGGUCACCUUGCGACAGGCAUGCAUUCUGGCCACCGUGUUUGAGACUCUGGGCUCUGUGCUCCUUGGGGCCAAAGUGAGUGAAACCAUCCGCAAGGGUAUCAUCGAUGUGGGCAUGUACAAUGGCACCGAGCAUGUGCUGAUGGCUGGAUCUAUUAGUGCCAUGUUUGGUUCUGCUGUGUGGCAGCUGGCCGCCUCCUUCCUUAAGCUGCCCAUCUCUGGAACUCACUGCAUUGUUGGUGCUACUAUAGGCUUCUCGCUGGUUGCCAAAGGCCAACAGGGAGUCAAGUGGUUUGAACUCCUCCGUAUCGUUGCAUCCUGGUUCCUUAGUCCCCUUCUGUCGGGAAUAAUGUCUGCUGUUGUUUUCUACUUUGUGCGCGUGUUCAUCUUACACAAGAAAGACCCUGUACCAAAUGGAUUGAGGGCGCUGCCUGUCUUUUAUGCUGUGACUAUGGGAAUCAACCUGUUCUCCAUCAUGUUCACUGGAGCUCCGAUGCUUGGAUUUGACAACAUCCCUUGGUGGGGCACCCUGCUCAUCUCAUUGGGCUUCUCUGUGCUGACCGCCCUUGUGGUCUGGUUUAUUGUCUGCCCUCGCCUCAAAAAGAAGAUUGAACGAGAUCUCAAGUCUUCCAGCCCAUCAGAGAGCCCCCUGAUGGAGAAGAGGGAGCUGAGAGAGGCCCACUGUCCAAUCCUGAAACAGACUGCCAAGGAGACCUCUACACCUCCCACCCCAGCUGACAAUCAAAGCCCCCCUGCACAGUUCGAGGCUGCCCCGGAGGAGCGCCGGGUAGCAUUUGACAUUGGAGAUUCUGACGAUGUUGACAAUAAUAAAGAACGUAGAGUGGCGUUUGACAUUGGAGAUUCUGAUGACACGGACUACAGCACUGCAAAUGGUGCCCCCACACAGAAUCAGUCAAACAUUCAGGUCAACAACCAGCACAGCAAUGGCUCCACAUAUUCGGUGAAUCAGAUCCAGUUCAACAAUCAGGUUCAGUUCAACAACCGGCCAGCACAAGUUCCAAGUAACGGUUACAGCCAGUAUCACACGGUCCACAAGGACUCCGGCCUCUACAAGGACCUACUCCACAAGCUCCACCUGGCCAAGGUUGGUGACUGCAUGGGCGAGGGUGGUGACCGACCUAUCCGGCGCAACAACAGCUAUACCUCCUACACCAUGGCCAUCAUCGGCAUGCACGGAGACUUCAAGCAUAAAGAAGGAGACUACCGUGCCUAUGAGCAAAGUGACAAGUGCACAGGGUCAGGGGGUCAGGAAAGGAAGCGAGUGCGUAUGGACAGUUACACUAGCUACUGCAAUGCUGUAGCAGAGCACACGACUCCUGAAGCUCUGGGCGAGGGUGACGUGACACUCGAAAUAGCGACGGUGGAUGCAGGAAGCAGCCGAAGCUCUCUGGAUGAUGGGCAUGAUGCUGACAAGCCGGAAGUGUCGACUCUCUUCCAAUUCCUCCAAAUUCUCACCGCCUGCUUCGGAUCCUUUGCUCAUGGAGGAAAUGACGUGAGUAAUGCCAUUGGGCCGUUGGUAGCUCUGUGGCUGGUUUACACAACCAGCAGUGUGACUUCAAAUGAACCAACACCUAUUUGGCUGCUGCUGUACGGGGGCGUGGGCAUCUGCGCUGGACUCUGGGUGUGGGGUCGCAGAGUGAUCCAGACUAUGGGCAAGGACCUUACUCCCAUCACCCCCUCAAGUGGUUUCAGCAUCGAACUGGCCUCAGCCGUGACUGUCGUGGUAGCCUCUAACAUUGGCCUGCCUGUCUCCACCACCCACUGCAAGGUGGGCUCUGUGGUUGCAGUAGGAUGGUUGCGCUCAAAGAAGGCGGUAGACUGGCGUCUCUUCAGAAACAUCUUCAUGGCGUGGUUUGUGACUGUGCCCAUCUCUGGUCUGAUCAGUGCCGCCAUCAUGGCCAUCUUCAUCUAUGGCAUCUUUUGAGCAUUCGGCUGCACCCCAACCAGGGGAGGAGAAAGAAACCGCUUCAGUGCGCACCAGAAGAAAAGGAGUGUAGUUGGAAGGCCAGAAUAUAUCGCUUACCUCAAGCCAACAACUUUGUAAGAAAAGGGAGAAAAAAAAUAGAAAUGUUUGAAAGGACUUGUGAUUAUGGGCCUGUGGUUCUUGACUGCAUCAUUUUCAACAUAGAAUUUGCUGUUUGUUCCAAUUGGGCCACAUUAUUUCCAGCAGGAAGCUUGCAUUUCCUUGUUCUGACUUUCAUAUCUCGUCAUUCUUUAACGAGUUAUUCUGAAAGCAUCAACUGAUUAUUAUUCUUUUUUUACUUUGCAAUUAUGUAAAUACAACCAUGUUCUGUUUUUAAUUUUGUUUUACACAUUAGAAAGAAGUGAACAAUUUAAGAUGCAGUAUACGCCUUUUGCACAUGUCACUCUCAAGUCAUAACACAUGCUGAAAGUAACGUAGAUGCAAAAGCAGUAUUUUAAGGUGAAUAACAAGUUUGUGUAUGUGCGUGUUUUUUAAAUUUUGUUCUUCCUCAAUUCUAAGUAAUUGUUAAUGAAUUAUUCUUUAACCUUCUGGCUUGUAUCUCUAAACUGUGGUACAUUAGCUUAUAGAAGAAAAGUGACUAUAAACUGACUUAAUUCAGAGAGGUUGGUGAUUUUCUACCAUACUUAAAAAAACAGGUCUGCAGUGUUUUCUUUGACUUAAUUGUCAAACUAGUUUACCAUGGUAGAAGUACCAAUUGUACACACAUGAUGAUCACUUGCAGAACGAUAAGUGAAAUGCUGUAUCGGUAGCAUAAAAGUCACUCUGGCACCCAAUUCCUUGAAGUCGAUGGAUUACAUGCAAUCCAGUUCUUUUAUAAGAACGUCAUGACUUUUUUACAUUCUCGAUCGGCGCACAAAUGAUUGCCUGAUAUUAGUUACUUGAAUUUGAGAACGUUAACCAAUGGAAACACAUGCUCUCAAACAAAUCUCCUGUUAAAACUUGAUGACAUCUUUGAUGGUUAAAUGCCUCCUUCAGCGUUGUUUUUCCCAGUUCACCAUGUAUUGGCUACGUUCCCUUUUCUGUGAAAUGUGCACCCGCCUAGACAUUUGGCUAGUUCUAACUACUCUCGUUUGCGGCCUGAAGGUGAAUAUGGUUGUGAAAGAGAACAGGAACCCAAAAAGUUCUCCAUCUGGGUGGUUUGGUGUUACGCUGAUCUGGUCUCUUAUUUGAAACCGGAUGCCACCAGUGAGUCAUUUGGCUGCAGUACUAAAUGCAUAUCAGAUCGAUAGCUGCUGUAGUUGCCUUAAUUGUUUUAAUUUUCCCUUAGCUACCAAAGAAUUUUUUUUUUGUUUUGUUUUUUCUUCUCUCUAUGCACAUCCACAUACUCUGGUCCACAUUUGUGGAUGAAAAAAAACAAAAUAAAAAUGGAAAAAUAC